CACAAAGCUUACGUUUGUUUGGAGUGAGGAGACAUGAGCAAAGUGAGGCUCUGCGCGAUUUCCUGCGCCACGUUGACCAUGGUCCCGAGUCAGCAGAAAUCGAUCUUAAAUUUCACAGAGACCAGCGUGAAAAGUUCGUAGCUUUGACGUUCUCGAAGGUUCUUAAUUAACCAGACAGCGCGCGACCUCUACCUACGGAAGUGCGUCAAACGAAACUCGAAACAGACUAAUCUAAACGACUUGCCCAGGGGGCUGUUUUCGGGUUCACCUUUAUAUAACCCUAUGGCGCAAACGUUUACCGUUGAGUGAUACAGACCUGGCUUGGAGAAACGAGAGCUGGAUCGGUUUGAGGUUGAAAUACUCUCGUGCAAUUUGCUCCUUUGCUUCGUUUAAGAUCUCAGGGCCUCAAAUCUAAACGAGCUCAAAGCUCACUGAAAGCUGUUCACCUGACGACGGGUGGUAACCGUGUGAGAGGCACUAAUUACAGGAAGCUGGUUUAUGUCAGUGCGUCAACUCGUCAUGAUCAAGCCCACUUCCUAAUAAAUUACUGACAAGCGAUAUUUUGCAAGUGUAGACGAUUUGCAAAUCUUCACUCUGUGAAGCAUUACUGCAUUAAUAAGUUGCAGAAUUUAGUCGUCCUAACGCAGUGACAACGUGUACACGUAAGUGCAAAGUGUGCGCAAAGUUGGAGAGAAUCUUACGAGCGGAGAAUUCAUUUUCUAAAGACAGGCGUUAGAUCUUGUUUCGGGUCAUCACAGCACGAUGUUACUGAAACUGUGUUUCAUCUGCUUGAAUAUAUUUCCGUUGUUUGAUUCUGCACCCUUGGACGCAAGACCUAAGACAGCCAAACUCGACCGAGUACGAACAUCAGGUAAAUCGUUAGGAUCGUCUUCAACAGAUAACAUUUUUCCGCAGGACUGUGGCAUUAGAAGAAUACGGAACACUACACAUGGACGAGUGAAAAGAAUUGUGGGGGGUUCCCAGAGUUCCCAGGGAAAGUGGCCCUGGCAAGCGGCCCUAUUUUACAAAGGAACUCACUACUGCGGUGGUGCAAUUAUAUCUAACACUUGGAUACUCUCAGCGGGGCAUUGUUUUAAUCCUCUUACAUCGGCUAUUCCAGCAGACUGGACCGUAGUACUUGGAGACCAUCACAUCAAAGAAAGAAACGACAAAUAUGAGCAACGAAGAAAAGUUGUCAACAUCACAAUUCAUGAAGGUUACAAGUCCAUGUACUUUGAGGGAAUACAUGACACACCUCCCAAAAACGAUGUUGCGAUUUUAAAGCUGGACAAACCUCUUACAUUUACUGACUUCGUUCAGCCACUGUGCUUGCCGCGUCCUGAUCAAGUUUUCGCGCCAAACGAGGAAUGUUACGUGGCAGGCUGGGGCCACACACAAUGGAACGGCACUCAACCGGACAUUCUACGAGAGGCCAAAGUUCGGACCGUUUCUCGUAAGGUGUGCAAUCAGGAAAAAUCCUACAACGGGACCAUUCACGACACCGCACUGUGCGCGGGAUUUCCCGAGGGAAGAAUCGACGCAUGUGAAUACGACAGUGGCGGUCCGCUGGUCUGUGCGAAAUGCGGGCGAUAUUACGCUUUAGGGUUGGUUUCUUGGGGUGAUCAAUGUGCAUUACCGAACAAAUAUGGCGUCUAUGCCGACUUGAGGGUGCUUACUCCGUGGGUUAAGGAAAAAGUUAUAAAAUACGAAACAGGAUAGUAACGCACUCAAAAUUUCAAGAGGUUUCUUUAGCGACUGUGUGAACUCAUCCUUCCUCUAUCCCCGUAGCCUGCGAACAGCUCCCGGCGAGGGCAGAAAAAAUUCAGUCAGCGAAGCGAACAGACGAAUUCAUAACUGAAGAAUUUGAGGAGCAAAGCGAUCUGGUCGGGACGGUUUCGGGCUCGUCGGGAUCCUGUUCGCAGACUACUAUCCCCGACUGAAACAAGGCUUUCUUUAUGCGAGGCGAAGAGAGCUAUUUGUAGUUUAUGUUAGACAGUGGAAAUCUUAAACAACAGUGCUUUACGCCAUUAAAAUUAUACACAUUCACCUGGCUUUGUACAAACCAAAUGCAGACUUAAGAGCGAGAUAACGUUUUUUGACACUGAAAAUGCUGAAAUUUUGGUUAAAAAAUCCCUAAAUAGAUUGGAUCAGUAUUGGGACAGACUGAUUGCGCUUUAUGGCCUGAAGUACAGCUAGUUUAGCUUCACAAACGUGAACGCAGGGACUUUGUCUCGUCCCAUUCUCUCGUCUUUUUAAUUUCCCUCUCAGCGCUCUCCCUUCAAGAGAAAAACAGAGUGCACGUUGUUUAGAAGUGUCAAGAUAUUUUCCAUUCUCCCAUUUAUUCCUUGUCUAACCUCAAGUCGUUGUUUUUUGGGAAAGAAUGUUAUGAACUGAUAUUACUUACAAUAGAUAGUCAUGAAUGACUGAGUGCAAGGAACUCGGUUGCAGCUUGAUGUAAUCAGCUCGCGUCAAAUAAUGUUUGUUGAGCAAAACCCUCACCUUUUCGCUUGAAAGAUGCGUAUAUUUGUAUUAUUUUCCUGAUUGGCGCAAGUGCGUUAAUCCGAAGACGUCUGUUCUUGUCAAAAAUACUUCUUUACACGAUCAGAACAGUUCUAAUAUGUUCUGGGAGCGAAUAAAUGGUCAGAAUUAAAUGUCGUUUAAUGUGAACGAUAAUCAAAUAACUGUAUAUAUCUUACAGAUUCAGCUUGGAAGUAAACACUAUUUUCCACGUGAUC